UUCCUUCUCUCCACACUCAGUCAAAGCACAGAGAGAAGCCGGGGAGUGAGGAGUAGAUCAAGCGAGGGAGUAAAAAUAGCUGGAUAUUGGUUCUCUGGUUUACCUCUGCGGCUUUCAAAAAGAGAUCAGCAGUUGAAGGUUGUGUCAGUUUCAGAGUUCGUCACAAUCGAGCUUGCAUCCUUCGGAAGGUUUCUUGAUGGCAUCCAACGUCACCACCGCCACCACCUCCUCCCAGCACCCUGCCCCCUUCUCUAUGCCCAUCUCUGCCUCCGCCCAGGCCGGCAUCGCCAUCCUGAGCCUGGCGUUCUUGCUGGGCUUCCCCGGGAACCUGUUUGUGGUUUGGUCGGUGCUGUGCCGGGUGAAGAAGCGCUCGGUGACCUGCUUGCUGGUGCUGAAUCUCGCCGCGGCGGAUGCUUUCGUGCUGCUCAGCGCCCCGUUUUUUCUGCGCUACCUGGCUGGAGGCCGGGGCUGGGAGUUUGGCUUGGCGGCGUGCAAGCUGGUGCAUUACCUGUCGAACGUGAACAUGUACGUGUCCAUUUACCUCAUCUGCCUGAUGAGCAUGGACCGCUGGUUGGCGGUGACGAGGCCUUUUCUGUCCCAGAGAAUGCGGACCAAGCGUUCCCUGUUGGUCCUCCUGCUGGGGAUCUGGAUCUUAGCCUUCAUCCUGUCGCUGCCGAUGCCUUUCUACCGCAGUAAUCUGAAGAAGACGCUGCCAAACAACAUCACUCUGCGCUUUUGUGUCCCGUACCACUUCAGCAGUGUGGGUCACAAGGUCUUCCAGUACCUGUUUGAGACCAUCAUGGGCUGCCUGGUGCCUUUCUCCCUCAUCAACACGUGUUACUCCUCCGUCAUCUGCCGCCUGCAAAGCGCCAAGUUCCAGCGCAAGGGACAAGGCAGCCGCCUCAUCCUGAUGAUCAUCUGCGCCUUUGCGAUUUUCUGGCUGCCCUAUCACAUCGUCAACAUCAUAGAGGUGGUCGGUCUGCUGCAGGGCAGCAAAUCUGUGAUCACGGCUGCCAAGACGGCCCGUCCAAACGUCACAGCCUUCGCUUACUUCAGCAGCGCUGUCAACCCCAUCCUCUACGUGUUCGCCGGCAGCUCCCACAUCCGCCAUGCCGGCUUCAGCUUCAUGGGCAAGCUCUUCGAGGCCACCAACUCCGAGAGCAGGACCACGUCAACCUUCACCCGCAGCGGUCGCAGCAGCUCUUCGCCGGAUGAGAGCUCUGUCCUGCACACACUGUCGACCAAGCUUGGGAAGCCUUUCAAAAGCAAGAACAAGGAGAGGAGCAGCAGUGUGGCGGGCAAAGAGGUCAACGAGCCUGAACUCAAGACUCUGGCCAGCGUAGAGCAGUUAGAGUAGUGCUUCAGCGAAACACUCCAAUCCCACGCCAGUUUCCUUGGACUACUUUUCUGUAUGAAUCAACCAAACAGGGAUUUUGUAUGUUCGUGCUUUUACUUCUUUUACGUCCUCUUCUUGCUGAGGUGGGCGCACGAGCUCACUCGUGCAUCGACGGUGCAAAUAAAGUCUUCUUUAAAAUGCAUUUAGGAUCUCCAGGCAAGCUCUCUGGAGCCGUUUCAUGUCUUCUUCGGUUGUUUUUGUACAUUUUAAAACAAGUCCCUGUCUACUGAAGUUGUUUAUGACGAUGCUGUUUUGCUGUGAAGCUCAAAAAACGUUUUGUGGGCUAUGAAACUUCACCUGACAUUCCAUCAGCAUGGGGGUGAAUAGGUAAUUGUGAAUUUUAAUUUUUUGGUGAGCUUAUCCUUUAUUCAUUUUUUUUUUUGUUGUUUUUUAAAUCAAAAAGGGAAAUGGCUGCAGUUUUAAGCAAUAUUUGCAACAUCGCAUGUUGGUCUGACAGUUCACGGAAAUAACUCAUAACUACUGGGUGGAUUGUUGUGAAAUGUUUAAAAUGUUGGUACCCAGAGGAUGAAUCCUGAUGAGAUUGCCACCAGAGGGUCAAGGUUGCACUAAUCCAAUUAAAUACUGUCUAUUUAAUGAAUUGGCACAACAUUUGUACAGACAUUCAUGGCGGCCAAAUGAUGGAUGGCUGCUGGUAUCACCAUAAGCUUUGGAGAUGAAUUGAUCACCAUGAAAUCUGGUGCAUACAUAAUACAUGUGAGGAAAAUAUACGCUAACACGCUAAGCUAAGAUGGUGAACUUUGUAGGCAGGACACCUGCUGAACGUUGGCAUUCUAGCAUCGUCAUUUUGAGAAUGUUGCCAUGCUAGCAUUAGCAUUGAGUGCAAGUAAAGCAACACAGUAGCUAGGAAGACUUAAAAGACACAGCAAAAAACUUAUCUUUUUCUAAUUAAAUCAUUCUCAGUCAAGAAAUGUCAAAAAAAAAUGAUUUAUUUGUAUAUUUAUAAUUAAAAUAUGUUAAAAGCCUUUGUUAAAAGUUAAAUUAUUUUACUUUCCAUUUAAUCGUAUUGCGUAUUGUCAGUUGUCAUUUGUUGUCUAAAUUUGUUGGAUUUAAUAAAGCUUUUUUUGAUAAAAAA